GUUUGCGCGGUUUAUAACAAACAAUAAACCGUUCAACUCGACUCAGUUUGUGUUUGGUUUUUGUUAUAACAUCAUUAAUGGCCACGUGAGCGUUUUUCCCGAAAAUGCAACAAGGGAUUUUUAUUUUUUGCGUUAUUCUUCUGAUGGAAGUCCACUCGAACCCUCGCGACUUAUAUGCAGGUUCCAAAUGCCACACCUCCGACACCCCGGGCCUCUGUGUCGCCAUCACAAACUGCCCCUCAGCCCUCGAAUCCGUCAAAAAGCAGGGCUCGCACUCCCUGAAACGUUGCGGAUUUGAGGGAUUCACCGAAAUCGUGUGUUGCCCUAACGACUUACGCCAUGCAACAACCGAAAAUCCCGACGAUGCCACCGACGAGGAGAAAAAACCCGAAAUACGAGGCCCCGACAUUGGCCGAAAAAGCCAAAAAGCGUGCGACAAAUACUCGAAAAACGUCCCAAUUGCCCUCUCCUACCACAUAGUCGGGGGCGAAAACGCCGAAAAGGGGGAAUUCCCCCAUAUGGCAGCGUUGGGGUUCUACAUCAAGGAAGACAAAGUGUACAGAUUUGAUUGUGGGGGCACUUUGAUAUCAAAUUACUACAUUGUAACAGCAGCACAUUGCAUUAUUACAGUGCAGCAAAACGAAGUGAAAAUUGCAAGAUUGGGGGUUAUUGAAAUUCCGGCGUCGAUAGAGCAACCAGAUUCGCAACUUGAUUAUAAUGUCGUCAAUGUUACGGUUCAUAAAGAGUAUAAAUGGAAGGAGAAAUUUAAUGAUAUUGCUUUAGUAAAACUAGAACGGAAAGUCACUUUUACUGAAUCCAUCAGACCUGCGUGUUUGUACACAAGAUCUGACGAUCCCGAAAGACUGUUUGUCACAGGUUGGGGCUCGGUUAGUUUAGGAGGCGAGAGAAGCUCUAUUCUGCAAAAAGCCAUCCUCAACCCUGUCCCAGUGCAAGAAUGCAACAGCACGUACGCCAACAGAACCAACAGAAAAAUCAUUAAAAUGCAAAUUUGUGCGGCUGAUAGUAAAAGUGAUGCUUGUCAGGGCGACUCAGGGGGGCCCUUGCAGACUCAAGGAAAUAGAAGUCUCUGGACUAUAGUUGGCGUAACCUCGUAUGGGAUUGGGUGUGGUAGCAGAUAUCCUGGUAUUUACACAAGGAUUAGCAGUUAUGUGGACUGGAUUGAGGAGAGAGUGUGGCCAUAGAGAAAAAUUUUCAACGACUUGUGCCAAUUGACACUAUUGUGAUAUUUAAUACAGACGACGUGUUCGGGCACCUGUAUUUGCCAUUUUAACCGUGAAAGUAAUAUUCUAAACUGUAUUUUAUUUAUUAUUCUAUGAAAAAAUAAAAAAAUAAAACUA